AUGAACCAAUCUACAUCGAAACAAGUAAAAACUGAGCCCGCGGAGCCCGAAUUGCAAGGCGAGUCGUCAUCUUCUCAAAACGUAACGCGUUCGUCUGUUGCUCAACCUUCACACGAGCCUUCCGCAACAACACCGGUUCAGCCUUCACAACCUAGCGUUUCAACAGAAGAUGACAUUCCACCCGAUGAGAAUCCGUUGUUGAUCGAUCCAUAUGUUCCAUUCACUUGUUCGAUAUGCCAACAAAUGGAGAAAUGCAUCUACUCGGAGUUGAAGACCAUCGAUGGAUAUUAUCCCUUCCCAGUCUAUUUCAUGAGAGAUCCGUUCACGCCAAGACCACGAAUCAAAGGAAGAAAACCAUUGUUGUCGGAUUUUCUCGUUCUCGGCGGUCCUUGUUCUCUUUGUUCAUCACCAGUGUGUUUGGAUAAAAGCUGUAGCGUUUACUUCGGUAACCUCUUUUGUGCAAUGUGCAUCGCUCGAGAAAGGAAACGAUUCCCGGAGAAAGUUAUACAGACAGUUCUGAAGGCUCAAUCAAAUCGUGUCAAAGGAGAAGAACCUGAAGAAACAAAC